AUCCUUGACGAGGACAAUUCUCUAGUUCAGCCCCCCAAAUAAAACUGAAAUAUCGAGGAAGGGACGGGCUCGGCCUCUCUGCCCGAAUUCCCGAUUGCGCCUCCUCCGACUCCGAGAUCCCGUCAGCCAUGGACGGGCUCCUGUCGAAGCUCCGCAGCCUGGACGCGUACCCCAAGGUGAACGAGGACUUCUACAGCCGCACCCUCUCCGGCGGCAUCAUCACGCUCGUCUCCUCUGCUGUCAUGCUCCUCCUCUUCGUCUCCGAGCUCCGAUUAUAUCUCCAUGCAGUUACUGAGACAACACUAAGGGUUGAUACUUCAAGGGGAGAAACACUUCGCAUAAAUUUUGAUGUCACCUUUCCAGCCCUUCAAUGUUCUAUAAUUAGCCUGGAUGCAAUGGACAUCAGUGGACAGGAGCACCUAGAUGUGAAACAUGAUGUAUUCAAGCAGCGAAUUGAUGCCCAUGGCAAUGUUAUUGCGACUAGGCAAGAUGUAGUUGGUGGGAUGAAGAUGGAGGCACCUCUACAACAUCAUGGUGGAAGGCUUGAACACAAUGAAACCUAUUGUGGCUCUUGUUAUGGUGCACAAGAAUCUGAUGAUCAAUGUUGUAACACAUGUGAAGAUGUUCGUGAAGCCUACAGGAAAAAAGGGUGGGGUGUAUCGAAUCCAGAUUUGCUUGACCAGGUAGAACCAUCUGAUUGCAAAAGGGAGGGCUUUCUUCAAAGUAUAAAGGACGAAGAAGGCGAAGGAUGCAAUAUUUAUGGUUUUAUUGAAGUUAAUAAGGUUGCUGGGAAUUUCCAUUUUGCUCCAGGGAAAAGUUUCCAGCAGUCAAAUGUGCACGUUCAUGACUUGCUCCCGUUCCAGAAGGACAGCUUCAAUGUCAGUCAUAAGAUAAACAGACUAAGUUUUGGAGAAUACUUUCCAGGUGUUGUUAAUCCACUUGAUGGGGCAAAUUGGGUGCAGCAUUCAUCAUAUGGAAUGUAUCAAUACUUCAUCAAGGUUGUUCCUACAGUCUACACGGACAUAAAUGAACACAUUAUUCUCUCUAAUCAGUUCUCUGUAACGGAACAUUUUAGAAGUGGUGAGAGUGGUCGGAUGCAGGCCCUUCCUGGUGUGUUCUUCUUUUAUGACCUUUCUCCAAUCAAGGUCACAUUCACGGAACAACAUGUGUCAUUUUUACACUUUUUAACUAAUGUUUGCGCUAUUGUUGGAGGUGUGUUCACCGUUUCUGGAAUCAUAGAUUCGUUUGUAUACCAUAGUCAAAGAGCAAUCAAGAAGAAGAUGGAAAUAGGCAAAUUCAACUGAUGUUGCCUUACUAUUGCUGCAAUUAAGUAGCUCCUGUUGCAGCUCCAAGAUCCAGAAAUGCAAUGUGGCUUUUCCUCGAACUCUUGGCACAGUUGCGUAGUUGACAAACAAUUGCUCAUCAGAUAACUCUUGAUGUGCUUGCCAACUUGCUUCCGGCAAAGAUACCAGCGAGCAAGAUGGUCAUCUUGUAUACUUCGAUGUUACAUUUUUGUACGCUUAGUCUGACAAGAAAACAUUUUACUUCCUCGAGCUGCAGGUGUUCGUGUACUGUUGUAAAUUUGUGGUAGAGGGAGCCUAUCUGUAGUUUUUUUUUACAAUUAUGUGUUUGUACCAGUUUUUUCUGAGACAUUUGUAGCUUAGACAGGUAAAGAUUGUUUGAAAUACAUAUAAACCAUUUUUGAAGGAAAGCAAGCUUAUCGUUGUAA